AUGGUUCCCAAAGUUUUUGCUGGUCAGGAAAUGGAAAUGGUUGAGAAUGAGAGUUGCAUAAUGAAUGGGAACUGGAAGAAACGUGUGCAUGUUUUUGGUGAGAGGGUGAUGAGAGUUCCUACUAAGGCUUGGCAAACUACGUGGAAGGUGGGACGUGAAGAUCCAAGAAGGUUGAUCCAUGCAUUCAAAGUGGGUUUGUCUCUCACUCUUGUUUCUUUGUUGUAUUUGUUGGAACCAUUUUACAAGAGGAUUGGACAGAGUGCUAUUUGGGCUGUCAUGACUGUGGUGGUUGUGUUGGAAUUCACAGCAGGGGCAACUUUGUGCAAAGGCCUCAAUAGAGGAUUGGGAACACUGUUAGCAGGAUUGUUGGCAUUUAUGGUUGGGUAUAUUGCAAAUGCAAGUAGCAGAGCCUCUCAAGCUAUUAUCAUUGGAGCUGCAGUUUUUUUUAUAGGAGCUCUAGCUACUUAUAUGAGGUUUAUUCCCUAUAUAAAGAAGAAUUAUGAUUAUGGUAUUGUUAUAUUUCUGUUGACCUUCAACCUGAUUGCUGUGUCAAGCUACCGGGUUGAUAAUGUGUCGAAGAUUACACAUGAGCGCAUAUACACCAUUGCCAUAGGCUGUGCUGUUUGCCUUCUGAUGAGUCUACUGGUAUUUCCAAAUUGGUCAGGAGAAGACCUUCAUAAUUCCACAGUUUACAAGCUCGAAGGCCUUGCCAAAUCUAUAGAAGCUUGUGUGAAUGAAUACUUUUAUGGAGACCUAGAAGGGUCUGCAGAUAUAAAAUUGUCUGAGGAUCCAAUAUACAAAGGUUAUAAGGCUGUUUUGGAUUCAAAAUCCAUUGAUGAAACACUGGCAUUGCACGCAAGUUGGGAGCCAAGACAUUCAAGAUACUGCCAUAAAUUUCCAUGGCAGCAAUAUGUAAAAGUUGGAGCUGUUCUGCGUCAAUUUGGUUAUACUGUGGUGGCCCUACAUGGCUGUUUGAGAACAGAAAUCCAGACACCACGAUCUGUGAGAGCCAUGUUCAAGGACCCUUGCAUUCGGCUUGCAGCAGAAGUAUCGAAAGUACUGAUAGAACUUUCCAACAGCAUAAGGAAUCGCCGCCAUUGCUCACCAGAAAUACUCUCUGAUCAUCUGCACGAAGCCCUGCAAGACCUCAACACUGCCAUAAAAUCUCAACCUCGCCUCUUCUUAGGGCCCAAACACAGGCACAACCAAGGGAGCAACAUGUUCAAAAUAACUGCUGAACAAGUUGGACAUGGAAAGACCUCCCUAUCAAGUGUGAAAACCGACUCUUCAGCAUUGCUAGAAUGGAAAAACAAGAGGUCUACCACUGAACAGACAAAGGAAUCGGAACGAAAGUCUCUGAGGCCCCAACUGAGUAAAAUUGCAAUCACUAGCCUUGAGUUCUCUGAGGCUCUUCCUUUUGCUGCCUUUGCAUCUUUGCUUGUGGAAACAGUGGCUAAACUGGACCUUGUCAUAGAGGAAGUUGAGGAACUGGGGAGACUAGCAUGCUUUAAAGAGUUCAUACCUGGUGAUGAGUUUGUUGUGACUUGUGACGAGCCUCGAAUUGAUGUGUUUCAGAACCAUUUACCAUCUCAUGGAGUGGACUAA